CAGCAAUACGAUAUGGCCGCCCCCUUUACAGUGACCUUGUGACAGAUAUAGAAGAAUUACUUCGCAGAAUAAUUAUUUUUUCUUUCCGUCUCUCCGAUGGGUAACAUCCCAGCGCUUUGAGGACAUGGGGACAUUCCAGAUAGCGAAUCCAGAAUCGCCCAAGUCUAAUGCAAGGUCUAAUUCAACAUUCAGUGCAGUCUUCUGAAGUCGUUCGUUGCAGUCACAAGGGAAGUGGCGGGGUCCGAUCUCCCUCCUGUUGGUGUUGCGCUCGACGAUGAUGCCUCCAAUGUCAUGCACUUACAACACCAGUUUCUGCAGAAGAGUUCUACAACAGAAAUGCAGAAGCAGCUCGAAACUAACUUGCACCAUCAUCACCAGAUCUCUCAGAGAAAUAGGAUUCUGACAAGUCUGACAGCAGGUGCAUUAGCUGGUGCCAUUGCCAAAACUGUUAUCGCCCCCAUGGACCGAGCUAAAAUAUGCUUCCAGGUGAAUCAGAGAAGAUUUGGGCUAUGGAAUGUUCUGGAAUUUCUUGCCAAUUCCUAUAAGACUGAAGGUUUCUUCAGCCUUUGGAGGGGGAAUUCUGCCACCAUGGCUCGGAUAGUGCCAUAUGCAGCCAUACAAUUUGCAGCACAUGAGCAAUGGAAAAAUUUGCUUCGUGUUGAUAAUCCUAAGGAAAGUGUUUCAGAGUGGAGGAGGUUUGUGGCUGGUUCCCUGGCAGGUAUAACUGGGCAGUCUUUCACCUAUCCCUUGGACAUUGCCAAAGCAAGACUUGCUGUCACUACCAAUAAGCAGUACAAAUCACUUCGACAGGUCUUUGUGAAGUCCUAUCGGCAGGAAGGUGUCUUUGCACUUUACAAGGGGUUCAUCCCUACAAUAGUUGGUGUGAUUCCUUAUGCAGGGACUAGUUUUUUCACCUAUGAAACGCUCAAGCGCUGGCACCUUGACAGGUACGAGAGACCUCCAAAUCCAGUAGAACGAGUCGCCUUCGGUGCUGUAGCUGGGCUGAUGGGACAAAGUGCAUCAUAUCCUCUGGACAUUGUUAGGAGACGAAUCCAGACCCAGGUGAUCACCAAAGGGAACUAUCACACUAUCGUUGGUACUUUGGCAGAAGUCUACAGGACGGAGGGGAUCAUCCAUGGCUGGUACAAAGGACUGACCAUGAACUGGAUCAAGGGCCCCAUAGCCGUCGGAAUCAGCUUCUCCGUUUUCGACACGAUGCAGGCCUUCCUUCGUCGCCUCCCCGUGUUCAGGACUUCCUAGGGAGCGACGGGGAGCGCUCGCGUGUGGCCUUGUCUCGAAUCGGGCUUCCAGCCGGUGCACGGCGUGUCGUCGGCACCGACACGUGACCAGUACUGGACCAUCUUCCCUCAUCUUUUAGUCUGUGAUGGGUUUCUCAGCCACCUUUCGGACGAGACCAUUCAGAAAUCAUAGUGAUUGUACUUAUGUUUUUCGUAGUGUCUGGUAGAAUGCUCGAAAUCGACUGGAGUGGAAAUACUUUCUGGGGAUCCAAAACGCCGUACUCGUCCGAGUCGACUCCAACGCGAAAAUAGUUCCAUUCCGUCGAUUUCCGUAUUCCACUGGGUCUUGUAGUUUCAGAAAUGUUCUUCAUGCAACUUGUGAUUCAGAGCUUCAGCUACUUCUUGCACCUGAAAGAAGCUGGUCCCUCGUACAGGAGCAAUCAUUUAACCAACGUAUAAAUUUAGGUGGAUUUUGUUCUCGUAUCCCACGGUUUCGUUAUUUAUGGGCUCACCUUCUCCCUCGAGUUCUAUCCCGUCCCUGGCUUCUGGUGGUAAAUAUAGCUAAGCGACACGCGGGUUUGGACUACUACUAGUCAAAAAUUUUAUAUCCCUUGUUGAUCUUUGUUCCACUCGUUUAAGCUAGACGUGUUACGGUGCAAUCUGAAUGAAUUCGUUUCGUCGCAAA